CAUAUGAACGCGAUUUCACUGUUUAUUGAAUCCAAUCGUCGACACAAUUGACGACACAAUCGACACAAUCGUCAACACAAUGUCCGGAGAAAUCCAUUUCGACACUUAUCUCAACACACAAUCGCAACACUCGGACGAGAGUCACGACGAGAGACAGUGUAUUGUGUUGUCCAACGCUUUCGAUCAACUCAGACAUCGGGAGGCCAUUCAAGGCAUGGAUUCGCCCGACAAUCACUCCCCGCACUCAUGGCGUAUGAAAGACAGGAUGAAGACCGUGAGUGUGGCUCUGGUGUUGUGUCUGAACGUUGGAGUGGAUCCGCCGGACAUAAUAAAGCCAAACCCGUGUUCAGUACUGCAGUGUUGGGUCGACCCGUUCUCAUUGGCCCCGCAGAAGGCGUUGGAAGCGAUCGGCGCUAACCUAUUGAAGCAAUACGAACGAUGGCAGCCCAGGGCUCGCUAUAAGCAAAGUUUGGACCCAACUGUGGAGGACGUGAAGAAGUUGUGCACAUCUUUGCGCCGCAACGCUAAAGACGAACGCGUUUUGUUCCACUAUAACGGACACGGAGUGCCCAAACCCACAGUCAAUGGAGAGAUUUGGGUCUUCAACCGAAGUUACACGCAAUACAUACCACUGUCUGUCUAUGAUUUGCAGCAAUGGAUGGGUUGGCCCUCAAUAUAUGUGUUGGAGUGCUCUAACGCCGGAACUAUUGUCGACUCUUUCACUCAGUUUGCGAUACAACACGAAAAAGAGUACGAAAUGAAUUUGAAUACCAAUACGUCGAGCAAUGGUUCGCCAUUUCAUCACCAAAUGGCACCAAACUAUAAGAAUUGCAUUCUUUUGGCCGCUUGUGCUAAGAAUGAGUUGUUGCCAAUGCAUCCCGACUUACCGGCGGAUCUGUUCUCUUCAUGUCUGACAACACCGAUCAAAAUCUCGCUUCGAUGGUUCAUCAAACAAAGUGCCGGCAAAUUGGUUCCGGCCUUCUCUUCAUGUCUGACAACACCCAUCAAAAUCUCGCUUCGAUGGUUCAUCAAACAAAGUGCCGGCAAAUUGGUUCCGGCCGUCAAUUUAGAGCUGUUGGACAAAAUUCCCGGACAAUUGUCGGACAGGAGAACAAUGUUAGGCGAACUGAACUGGAUUUUCACUGCAAUUACCGAUACAAUCGCGUGGAAUACUUUACCCCGCGAUCUGUUUCAACGCCUAUUCAGACAAGACUUAUUAGUGGCGAGUCUUUUUCGCAACUUCUUGUUGGCCGAGAGAAUAAUGCGAACGUAUGACUGCACUCCCAUCUCAUACCCGGCACUCCCGCCCGCAUACCAUCACCCGAUGUGGAAUGCGUGGGAUUUGGCCGUCGAUUUGUGUUUAGCACAACUCGACCCCAUUAUCAAUGAAAACGCUCAGUACAAACACAGCCAAUUCUUCUCUGAACAAUUGACUGCCUUUGAAGUGUGGCUCAAAUUAGGCGCUCGACCCGACAGACACCCCGAACAGCUCCCAAUUGUACUACAAGUGCUUCUCAGUCAAGUCCAUAGGUCUCGGGCUCUGGAUCUUUUGGGACGGUUCCUAGACUUGGGUCCCUGGGCUGUGCAUCUGGCGCUUUCUGUUGGAAUUUUUCCAUAUGUCUUAAAAUUAUUGCAAAGCUCUGCCCGAGAACUCAGACCUCUUUUAGUGUUUAUUUGGGCGAAAGUAUUGGCUGUCGAUCAGUCAUGUCAGGCAGACUUAGUCCGAGAUAAUAGUCAUAGAUAUUUCCUGAGUGUACUCUCAGAUCAACACAUGCCCGAAGAGCACAGAACAAUGGCUGCGUUUGUGAUGGCCUGCAUUGUUAAGAACCAUUUGGCCGGACAGGAAGCGGCACUUCAAGGAAACACACCAUCGAAUGGAAACUUAAUCGAUCACUGUCUGGAACAGUUGCAGUCCCAGUGUUCCGACGGCUACAGUGCACCCAUCGGUUCCACACCAUUAUUGCGCCAAUGGUUAGCCAUAUGUUUGGGCCAUAUAUGGGAGAACAAUGCGAACGCCCGUUGGAUCGGCACUCGAAACACUGCUCACGAAAAACUAUUUGUUCUGCUGGAAGACCCGGUGCCGGAAGUGAGGGCUGCGGCCGUCUAUGCUUUGGGAACGUUUAUUAAUAGUGUAACAGAACGGACAGAUCACGCAAACGCUUUGGACCAAAGCAUUGCUAUCACUUUAAUUAAUAAAGUGUUGAACGAUAGCUCACCACUGGUUCGCAAAGAACUAUUAGUAGCACUUCAUUGGUUAGUCUUAAUCUUUGAGAACUGUUUUAUGUCAAUCAUAAUCAAGUUAGACGACAAAAACAGAGAAAUGGCUCAAAACUCGCAUAUGUCUGCCUCUAACAUAGACAACUAUCUAAGUGUGGGAACGCCGCCACAGGGACUGCGCAAAGUUGCGUCGCGCGACCGCUUGUCUGCCAUAACUAAUAAGUUCCUAUCGGUUCCCAUUUCGAUAACUCCUAAUUCACACCAACAUUUCGGUCCGGGAGAACCGAUUACUCCACCCAACCAUUCGGCUGUUCACAACAUUCCCAUAAAAAGAGUCAACUCUUCCAAUUCACUACACAAUUACCAGACAAACUCUGGCGCCAUAUCUGGCUCUGCGAUCCCUAAUGUGUUUAAUACGAUAUGGAAGACGAUCACAGCGUAUGCCAACGACCCGUUCCCAGAGGUGGCGUCAAUGGCCCGAACAGUGAUCGACGAAAUGAAAGCACGCGCUUAUCAGCCGUUGACGGCUUACGACUCACUCAAAGAGUCUAAUUCGGAACAGUCUUUAUCGGAGCCCAACUCACCCAACAAUAUGCAGUCCUUUAUGAGUGAAUCUCCCACUUCUAACACUGGAAAUCCCUCUCAAAGAACGACACCCAAUAGAGAAAGUCUAAACAAACCGAAUAUGACUUCUCCUUUCCCUCAUAAUAAGGGAUUACAUUAUUAUAACACAAAACGGCAUAUCUUUGGUCGAGAGCCCAGUGUUUCUGACAAAAGCCAAGACGGAAACGCUGACGAGUUGUCAAACUGUCAGCGCGAACCUCUCAUCAGUACCUCAUUUAUUGAGUGGUGUACUAAACACUUCAGUCAACCCUACGCUUCAAAUAUGAAUUACUGUGAGAAUACCGACUUUGAAAGCCAUUCUCAUUAUGAGAAAGAGUGGAAAACCAGUCGAAACCGAUCGCUGGAAGAAAGUGCGAGGAAGGAGUUGAUGAGCGCCGAUCCCUCACAAAUCGGGGAACAGAUAUUUCACCAAAAGAACGCCAAUUCUCCGCAACACUUGGUUUUCCAUCCCUUCGAAAACAGACUUAUUGUCGGCGAAAGAGAAUCAUUCAGUGUUUGGAGCUUUGAUUCUCAGCAAAACUUUCAUAAUAACUAUAAUAAUAACAACAAUAAUAAUAUAACUCCAGUACUAUUGGGCACUCAUUCAAACCAAAACUCGUUGCCGUCCAGAAUAACAAACAUUCAAUUGAUUAAUACUCACGAUUUGACUCAACUCAUGACUGGUUGCGACGACGGAUCAGUUAGGGUUUGGAGGGAUUUCACGCUUAACGACAAAUCCGAAAAACCGAAACUUGUGACGGCUUUCCAUAUCUUCAAUGAUAUGCAGCCGUCAUCUAAGAGUGGAGUCAUAUUAUCGUGGAAUCAAUGGCAACACAAACUCAUAGCGUCCGGAGAGACUCGAGUGAUUCGUCUCUGGGAUGCGACCAAAGAGAUGAAAAUCCGAGACUUAAACACUGGCGCUGACUCUUGCGUCACUUCCAUUUCCAUCGAUGACUACCAUCUCAUUUGUGUCGGUUGUAGUGAUGGAAGUGUUCGCGUGUUUGACGACAGACUUAUGCCACACGACAGUCGCGUUCAUACAUUUUACGAGCACAAGGGAUGGGUAGUGAACGCACACAUAUACCCACACGAAGACCGCUUCCUCAUCAUCAGUGGAAGUCUGACGGGAGAUAUCAAAUGGUUCGACAAGAGGAACGCCACGCAUCCCAUUAAGUCUAUCAGUACUGGACUCGGAAUGACAGCAAUGAGUGUCCACUCGGAAGCCAAUGUCUUCGCCUGGUAUAUCACUCAUACCAUUCAUAUCAUUAUAAAUUGUUUAUUAAUACAUUAUUUUGUGCUUAACAGUGGAUUAGGGAAUCAAAACCUGCCGAACGGCUAUCCGUCCAUUAAUUUGUACACAUUUGACGGCUUGUGCGGCAAUACUAUACGAUAUUACGAUGGAUUCAUGGGUAAUAGAUUGGGACCCAUAUGUAGUCUUGCUUUCCAUCCCAUAAAAGCACAACUGGCCGCUGGAACCACUGAUAAUUCCAUCUCAUUGUAUAGACCUUCGAAGCUAUCGAAACAUUUC